AUAUUCGUGCUCGAGGGUGCGGCCACACUGCACUACACGUGCAAUUGGAUUGGCAAAAACAAAGCCAAAAAGCCGAGUAAACAAUGAAUAAUUUUGAAAUUCGGGAGUUGCCCGGCAAGGGACGUGCGAUGAUCGCGACCAAAAAUUUCGCGAAGGACGAGGUGAUCUUCGAGGAGGAACCGUUCGUGUCCCGGCAGUUCUCGUGGAACGUGGCCUACGGCUAUGCGGCGUGUGACCACUGCAUGCGGCCACUGGAGACGGUGUUAGAGAAUGUGCGCCGCCUGGCCAGUGAUCCCAAAGUGGAGGUGCCGCUGCUUCAACACGAUCCCACCGCCCAGUGGGUGGCCCAGUUCACCCAGUGCCCACGGUGCAAGGUGCGCUACUGCUCCGAGGACUGCCUAAUGGAGGCGCAGAAGCGCUACCACCGCGUGGCUUGCAUGGGCGCCUUCCACUCCGACGACACACAUCCCAUCAAUGUACUGAAUGAGACUUGGAAAAAGAUGCACUAUCCGCCCGAGACGGGUAGCAUAAUGCUGAUUGUCCGCCUGAUGGCUCUUUACCAGCAGAGCACCAAGAAGGAGGAGUUCCUCGAGCAAUUGCAGUCCUUCCAGUCGCUGAUUGUGAAUCGCGAGCAGAAGAUCUAUCACAAAAUGCUGGGCGAGAACUUUGAGCAGCAGAUGGAGCAGUUGUAUCUUGCGUUCUGCAAUGCUUUCACGGGCGAGGAGUUCUCCAUAUUCAAAACACCGGAUGCUUUCAAGACAUUGAUGGCCAUUCUGGGAACUAACAGCCAGGGAAUUGCAACAAGCGUGCUUUCCCAGUGGGUUGCCAAGGUGUCCGAUCUACCACUAACGGAUUCGGAAAAGGAACAGCUCGACACGGUCAUCGACGGACUGUACGCCAAAGUCGGAGAAUUUGCUGGCGAAUUCUUGAAUAACGAGGGCUCUGGACUAUACCUGCUGCAGAGCAAAAUCAACCACAGUUGCGUGCCGAAUGCCUGCUCCACAUUUCCCUAUUCCAACGACAUUGUCGUGCUCAAGGCCUUGGCUCCCAUUCAACAGGGCGAAGAGAUCUGCAUCUCCUACCUGGACGAAUGCAUGCUGGAGCGUAGUCGCCACUCGAGGCACAAGGUCUUGCGCGAGAACUACGUGUUCAUCUGCCAGUGCCCCAAGUGCCGCGCCCAGGCGUCCGAUCCCGACGAGACCAGCGAAGAUGACGAUGACGACGACGAAAUGGACGACUACGACGAUGAUGACGACAUGAACUAAACUAAGAAUUAAUUUUUUAUUUCAUUAAAAAGCUCUUAUGUACGUACAUAUUGUAAAAUAUAUUUAUGUUAAAGAUUUUGAAGAAGUGUAC